AUGGUGAGAGGCAGUGUUGUGUUGUUGUUGUCAUGGCUAUUUUUGACCGCUUCGAGUCGCGACAAAACAUUCCGGGCAGGCGGAGCCGCUGCGAUGCGCGCCGCCCUGUGGACCCGCCCGAUUAGAGUGCAGCCAAUCUCCGGUUUUACGUCACGUGUGCCGUCCAAAAGUCUUGGCGCUUGCUUUAGUCGGCGGUUUGACAUGGCGAACAUGUGCAUUAUUGUUGCAUACAUCAAGAACGAAUCUGUCAAUAACAACAGCCUGUAUCAAGGCUGCCGGUUUGCAAUCAUGUCCGGCAGAGCUCGGCCCAUCGAGAAGUUUGCUCAAGCCGCCGCGCAGUGCUCCACCGAGGCCGCAGCGUAUGGCAAAUGUGUCGUUGCCGACUACAAUGCCGUUCAGAAAGACAUGUGUGCUAAGGAAUUUAUGAGACUAAAGGAUUGUUUCUUGGCCGCCUCCAAAAAGAAAUAA